AUGAAGACCUUGAGAGAUAGAUUACCUACUAUAAUUCUGUCUGAUGUAAGGUUCGUACUGACCGUUCCAGCGAUUUGGACGGAUUCAGCAAAGGAGUUUAUGCAUGAAGCUGCAGAAAUGGCUGGGAUAGCAUCAAACAGACUUAUUCUAGCUCUGGAACCUGAAGCUGCAUCAAUACACUGUCAAAACAUUCCAACUGAAAUACUCACGAGUGGUGCAGGAUUGAGCAUUUCAGAAGUAGGGACCCAGUACCUAAUCGCCGAUAUAGGAGAGUUUGGUCCCAUCGAUGGACAGUCACGUGAUGAACGCAUAGCAGGUGGUACUGGAGAUUUUACUGUUCACGAAAAGCUCGACAAUGGAAAACUAAAGGAAGUUAGCAAAGCAAGCGGUGGAGCUUUUGGUGGAAUAAACGUCGACAAAAGGCUUUUCCAUUUUUUUUCUAAACUCUUUGGAGAGGAAGCCUUUACGCAAUUAAAAUCAGAGGAAAUAUGCGAUUACCUUGAUAUCUUUAGAGAUUUUGAGAUAAAAAAGCGAACAGUUACAGAUGAUUGCGAGAAGAAUUAUGUUAUAAGAUUGCCAUCAUCACUUUUGCAAUUUGCAUCGAACAAUAAUCCAGGUUUCAGAAAAAAUGCCGAGAGUACAGAUUUCAAGGGACAUGUCAAUUUUUGGCACGAUAAACUAAAGAUUGACUCAACUCUCAUGAAGUCUCUCUUUACAGAAUCUAUACAGAAUAUAACGACACAUAUUGAAGGCAUUUUGCAAGGUUUUCCUAAAGUGAGGCAAAUCCUCCUUGUUGGUGGAUAUGGAGAAUGCAUUAUUCUGCAAGAUGAUAUAAGGAAAUGCUUUCCACAACAGGACUUAAUCAUUCCUCAAGAAUGCGAACUAGCAGUGGUUAAAGGAGCUGUUCUUUUUGGACAUGAUUCAAAGGUUAUUUUUGAGCGUAUACUAAGGUAUUCUUACGGUACAAAUUCACACUCUAAAUUUGAUCCAAGUGUUCACUGUGAAGACAGGAAAUACGUUGAUGAUUAUGGAAUCACGAGAUGCAGGGGUUCCUUUUACACUUUAGUAAAAGCGGGAGAAAAAAUAACAUCGAAAGGGCACAUCAUUUCUAGUGCCAUUUUUGCUUUGAGUAAAAACCAGUCGGAAAUAGAAUAUAAGAUAUUUUACACGGAAAAAACAAAUACAAUUUACCUUGAUGAUGACUGCAAAUUUCUCGGGAAAUUAAUUAUACCUCUUACUGGUGACAAGGAUACAAAUAGAAAAUGCAAUGUUUCCUUUACGUUUGGACUGACUGAAAUCUGUUGCAAGGUGACAGAAAAGAGUUCUGGAAGGGAUAUUGAGGCAAAAUUUGAAAUGUUGGAGUGA